AUGGCGUCGUGUGUGCGCCGUGUCGAGCUCCCCGUGUGGCGUUUCCCGUUUGCUACUGUUACGUGAAAGCUAGUUGUGUAAUUUUGCUGCUCAGGCUCAGAGACAUUUCUGCGGCGGACAGAGAGGUCAUCUACAAGAUUUCUCGCAUCACAAUAAACCGGAUUGAAAUGCUGUCUUCUGUGCUUUCAAGGAGAGUGAGUUACCCGGAUAACUUUUCAUUUGUUUGUAUAUUUGUCCGUUGAACUCUGAAUGCUAACCCCCCGGGUCGCUGGCGCUUAUGGAAGACUUCAGCAGAUUUUACUGAAACGAAAAUGAUUCCGUUUUUUGUUACUUUAUGAUGCAGCAAUUCUGUCACUGACUAUACUGAAUUUCAGCUGUAAUAGUGUUGUCUUAGCGGUAUUAGCUUUGCUGCAAAAGCGUGUCCUGCUGGAGGACAGUUGUACAAUCCAUGGUCAAACAGUUGUACAACAGGGCAGCGUGUUACAUUACAUACACACACCCUCCUCCUGUAUCUGAAGUUUCUUAAUGCCCCUGGGUUUUGCACACCUGGGAAACACAUGGCGAACAUGAUGAUAAAAUGUUUUAGUUGUGCUUCAUUUCAGGUAGAGAAAAAUUAGAUAUUAUGUCAACAUUUCUGAGCUGAUUGACUGAUUUAGUUUAUUGUUAGACAGUAAGUGGGGAAAAAAGGCACAUUUGGACCGUGAAAACUCUCUGAUCGGACUGUGAAGAUCCACAUGAAACUGUAAUUAAAAUAGGUAGGGGGGAGUGGGGUAAGUUGAGCCACCCGCUGUUGCUUGGAAAAGUAAAAGAAAUCGAUCACGUGACAAAUAUUUAGGAGAUGGGCCUCAAUUCAUGGAGUCUUUGAAGGUUAGAAGCACAUGGAUGAAGGGGUUAGACAUUCAUUUACAAAAAAACCCCAUUUUUUUUACUCUUGAAAGAGAAUUUAGUCUGUCAUAAGUUUUAUUAGAACUGUGUUCAUUAAUUAAUUAAUCAAUCAAUCAUUAAAUGUGUUCAUAUAAAUUAAUUACAACAAAACACCAGGCCUCAGUCCUUUGAAUAGAAUUAAUUAUAUUACAAUGCGAAUCAUAAUACUUCUGUUUGUACUCACAUGUGUUUUUGUUUCCUGGCAGCUGGUGACAGGGUUGUGCCAGGGAACAUGGAGACCUGUAGUCACAGGGUUGGUAUCAUCUCGUGGUUACCGUGGAGAUGCACCAGAUGAUACCAGAGGUGACUUGAUUGAGAUUCCUUUGCCGCCUUGGGAGGAGAAGCCCGGUGAACCUACUGACAUCAAGAGGCGGCGCUUGCUGUAUGAGAGUCGGAAGAGGGGCAUGUUAGAGAACUGCAUUCUGCUCAGGUUGUUGUCUUCUCUGUGUGUGAUGUGUAGCUGUACUGGUGAUGGUUCAUACAACACUUGCAAAUUUUAGAGCUGUGUUACUGUACAAGUAUGAGAUAUGUCUGCGUGACAAGUAUUUUUAAAGUUUCUUCAGUCUGUUAAAGAAGUUGUCCCAUUCUGCCAACUCUGUUAUUUAAGUUGAUUGUUCAGAGGAUAGUAGGAGUAGUGAAGGAAAAAGCUGCCACCAUGUGAGAUAUUGGAUUUUCAUUUAUCUUGAUAUAAUAAUUUGUCAUUACAAUGAAACAUCCCACGGUUCACUAUGAGAAGUGUCAGGAGGCAGUCAUGGUAGGAGUUGGAACAAGGUGGAGGAACAAGUCAAAGAUGAGAGCUGGUUACACAACUACAGGGAAGAUGUUUGUUAAUAAGAAGUGAAAAAGAUAAGAGAAAAAUCUAAGUAAGAGAGAGAAUGGCUACUGUAAGGAGUAGAGGAUUAAAAAGAUGUGAAAGACCUGAUAGAUCAAUGAGUCAACUCUGUAGCCAGUCAUCAACUUCAGGCUUUACAUUGACAAAAAAAAACACAUAUUAAUGUCAAUCCUUCAUCUUUCUUGCAGCCUGUUUGCAAAACGUUACCUGAACACAAUGAGUGAAAAGCAGCUGCAGCAAUAUGACAGACUGAUCAAUGAACCAAGCAACGACUGGGACAUCUACUACUGGGCAACAGGUGAGAAAACCUCACACCUGUGAAUUGAUCUGUUCAGUUUCAUACAGAAAGGUAAACAUAAUACAUCGAAGAACAUUACAGGUUUGUAUGAUGGGAAAGAUAGACUUAGGUCGAUCCAUGCCAAUAAUUAGAGAGCAGGUCAGCUGAUUGAUAAUGCCAAUACCAUGCUGUUAUUUUUUUCCUUCUAAUAAUCCAAAAACUUUACAAUAAUAAUAGUCUUGUAUAAAGAAGUUUAAUGGCUUGUACUUAUCUUGUCAUUUUUGUAUUUAUUUCGUGUCAGUGUUAAUGUUUGUACACAGAGGGUAAAGUUUACCAGAGUCAAAUUUCUUGUAUGUGCCCACAUACUUGACUAAUAAAGCUGAUUCUGAUUCUUAUUCUCAUAAUAACACCCAUUAUUCCAUACGUGUCAGAGUCUAACAUACGUGAUUAUGAAAAAUGCAUGGGGUUAUGGUACAUUUUUAAGAACCUGACGCAUAUUUCAGUCAAAAGCAACAGUGGACCACAUUAUUUUAUAUGUUAUAACAGAAUUAAUACUAACCAGGAACUGUUUUAGAUCUGAUUUACUAUUAUUAUUUAGGGUGGGUAAGAAACUAAAGAUUUUGAUCAGUAAAACUAAUACCUGUAAAAUUGUCCUUUUCAUGCUUACAGAAGCUCAGCCCACACCUGAAGUUUAUCAGGGAGAGGUCAUGGACAUGCUGAAGGAGUUCACAAAGAAUCGCGACCAUGAACAGAGGUUAGAUGCACCCAACCUGGAGUACCUGGACAAAGAAAGCCAGUGA